GUUCCCCGGCUGUUAGUUAGCGUGUCAGCCAGCCAGCAUCCUGGGGGUGGGCUCAUCGAUGCACGUGGUGGUAGGCUGGGGCGGGAGAUACGUGGAUGUAUGUGUGUGUGUGUGUGUGUGUGUGUGUGUAUAUGUGUGUGUGUAUACUGUAUAUAUAUAUAUAUACACACCACUGUGACAGAGACACUGUGGAAGAGUCACAUAUCAGAGGAAGCCUUGCUACUGACAACACACCCUCAGGUCUUGCAACUGCCACCAUGGGGGCUCUGCUGUGGGAUCUCUUGCUGCUGUGCUUGUUUGCCCACGUGCUCGGCGACUGUCAGAGGGACUGUCUGAGCUGCAACAGACACUUGUACAACCAACAGGACAACUUCAAUGUUCUCGUCUGCAUCAUGGAGUGUGAAGGGAAGGCCUUUUCGAGUACUACCUGGGAGCUUUGCACCAAAGUGGCUGGGAAGUCGUCCAUACAGGUGAGCACUGACAGCCUGGAAGAAGAUUCCUACCAGCCAUUAGAGAUGGAAGACAGUGGCCUGUUCAGAGGCAGCCGGAAGCACUUCAAUGACCUCACCAAAGUGGUGGAUCUUAGCAAAGUGGAAGGUGAGAAGAGAGUUUCCAAGGUGAGCAGCCUGAUCCACCAGCGGGAGGUGGACAAGGGUGUCAGCAAUGGGAGUGAGACCCCGCUGGGUGACUUCCAAGAGCAGCCCAAGGAUAUUUCCAAGCGGCUUGGUGGCUUCCUCAAAGGAAAGUACAGUUACAGGCAGGUGCUGGAGCCCACCAUGCAGGGGGUGCAGAAGCGGUACGGGGGCUUCAUCGGGGUCAGGAAGUCAGCCCGGAAGUGGAACAACCAGAAGAGGUUUAGCGAGUUCUUGAAGCAGUACCUGGGCAUGUCACCGCGCUCCAGCGAGUACGAUAGCUUAACCAAUGACCUGAAUGAACAGAACGAGAUCUAACCGGAAACUCUGUUGCACGUCACUGACACAUAGUGAAUCGGUUUAAGUCUGCCAUGGCCAAAGAAGUCAACCCCUUCCCUGAUCCCAAAGAGCCUGUGUUAGGAAUGGUUCACCAGACAACCGGAUUCAUUGCUGCUCAGAAUCAAGGGGGGAAAGCCGUGUGGUCGUGGUUUCUGAAUCAUCCAAUGUAUUUAUUAAUUCUUCUACAUUUUCAUGGCACUUUUGACUGCAAAUACAAGACAACUGUCCCUGCCCUGAGCUUGCAGUCUAGGUUUACUAGAAUGGGAAUUUUCUUGUGAGGGGAGAGAGAGAAUCAGUCUGGUUUCUCUUUUCACAUUCAAAAUGGAUUUCCAAGUGUUUUGGUCCCUUAGGAUAUGUCUACAUUGCAAUUAGACACUCAUGGCUGGCCUGUGCCAGCUGACUCAGGCUAGUGGGACUUGGGCUAAGGAGCUUUUUAAUUGCAUGGGUUCGGGAUGCAGCGUGAGCUCUGGGACCCUCCCACCUCGCAAGGUCCUAAAGCCUGAGUUGAACGCCUACACUGCAAUUAAACUGCCCAUUAGCCUGAGCCCCCUGAGCGCGAGUCAGCAGGCACAGGCCAGCAGCCGGUUUUUAAUUGUAGCGUAGAUGUACCCUAAGUCUCACAGGGCCACAUGAGUAACUCAAAGCUCCACUAACUACAGAAUCCACAAACCUAUGGGGCCUGUGACUUCCAGGGGCAGUGCUGGCACCCAUUACCACCAAGGCAAUCCCCCUCCAGAGCAGCCAAGGGAAAUCCCAUGGCCAUCCCUCUCUACCUAGGACCAGCAUGCCCUGGGGGAUACAAUUUCUAGCCCAACGAGAUGGAGUUGUUAAAAUCAGUCAUGUCACUCUUUCCUUCUUCAAUCUGGGCUUUUGCUUUUAAAAAUGUAGCCCUUCCAAACCUCACACCCGUGCUGCUCUCCCUGCUCCACAUGGAGACUUUGUUUAUUUUAAAUGCAUUUUCUUUGGGUUAAAUGUGCUGGAUUAACAUCCCUGGAGGCUAAUCAACUACAAAACAAGUAUGCCAUGGGCCAGCAGGAGUGCAAGUCUGAUGGCCACCACACCAUGAAUUGAAUCAGGAACCUCCUGAGCGUGAAAGCUUGAGCUGCUACAGCUUAAGCUAAAGAGACAGGCUCUGUAGCUCUGGCUGUGAUAGACUCAUUGUCUGCAGCCCAGGCACAAACAGGAAAUAUAAAUUUCCCAGUGGUUACAGAAACUUCAGUACACACUGCCUCACCACCAUGCCUGAGCCCUGCCCUGGAGGCAGAGAGGAGAGUUGAUUCCCAAUGCCCAUUCAUUCCUUGAGCUCUCUUCUGAGACAUAACCCACACCAGAAGGCUCCAGGUACACUCCAACUGUAACUUUGGCAGAGGACAGGGUUAGAACAUGGUCAUCACAUAGCUCAGUUUCAACAUGGAUAAAUCUGUCGUGGAGAUGGGACCUAUCUGUGUCCCCACACCAGGUUAACACCUUGGACUGAUCAAGGAUUUAGUGACAGGGACACGAUUACUACAAUUUUUAUCUGUGUUGUAACCACAGCCCCCCAAGCCAGAGAAAACCUUUCCUCUCUGCAUGAGUUCACCUCACUCCUGCCCACUGCCCUCCUUCCUCAGUGAAGCUGGCAACCAUCCUUACUCUUUGACUUUAUCCAGACACUGCAGUGUCACUUACGAGAUGAACCCCCAUGCUCACAGCUGGAGUGGAAAAAGAACUUGACACCAGAAUCAGUUAUGUGGGCUAGAAGGAUUAUUCUGGGGUCAGAGGAUUGAUUAUGUACCUGGACCGCUUGGAGGAGAGUUAGGGCAUAUAUACACGACAGCUGCACGGUUACAGUGCAGGGUUUCAAAGUAAAAAGGCGGCCUCUUCAGAGUUGAAGGUGAAAGAGCCAUGGUAGGACAGAGGGAGGGAACUGUACACGAUUAGAGAUUCCAAAAUACUCAGCUCUCAUGAAACAAAUGAGAGCUCAUACACACACCUGAACAGGAGAGCCACUAGCUGGCAGCCUCAGCAGAAACCCAGGGCUGACUGGGCCAUGGGAAUGAGCUCUACCACUAGAAGUGUCCCUCCAGGACAGAAUCACGGCACGUUGGGAGUGGGUAAUAUAUGAUCAAAGAGAAUGGGCAUUGCCAUUGCCUGUACUACACCUGCUCUGUGGUUAAAGAGGACUACAGUCUUCAGGACUGCUCAUCCUGCACCAAAUUCAUUGCCUUUUUUAAAAAAAAAAAAUUAACAAAGAAGCUUAAUGGCCCCUUCACUGUGUGUAAAUACAGACUCAUUCGUGAGAGCAUUGCUUCAGUUUGUCCUUAGAAAAAUCCUUUGGAUUAAAAUAUCUCAUAUACAUUUAUAAAGCAUCCAACUCAUUCUGGUGGCUCCCAAAGCACUUCAGACUCUUAUUCAGGAAUCACUUUACCCACUACUGCAAUGCAGCCACCUCUGUGGUGGGGCAUGAAAGCUGUUUAACAUUACAGUUUAACAGCACAAUAACAGUUAAAGACAGGAUGUAAAGAAGGGUGCAUCCAUCUGCAACUGGAUUGUGAAUUUACUGGAGCAAAGGACUAUGGGUAGUACAACUGAUUGGAGGAAACAGAUUUUUCAAAAGAGUUAACAUCUGAUUGGUCACUGAAAAUAACAAACUAGAUCUGUGGGUCUGGAAUUUCAACAGAAAUUUUUUUUCAUCCCCCUGUAAAAAGCAAUAGGCCAUUCCAAGUGGUGAUACUAUGUAAGGAUAUUUAAAAUGAUACUCCUGUUAUGGCCUCUGUGUCUCUAAUACAUGCUGGUUCUAUUUUCAGCUCCACGACUGACUCACUGCGGGACGACAGGCAAUCGCUGCCCCUCUUUGUGCCUCAGUUUCCCCCUCUGUAUAAUGAGGAUAAUGAUCAUAUUUACCCCCUUACUACUCUGGAGAGUGCCCUGAGUUCAUUAGAGAACAAGUGCUAUCACAAUACAAGGUGCUGUCAUCUCCCUGUCUGAGUAUUGGCAGGCGAGGUCCUGAGUUGUCGUCCUUCCUCUUCGCAUAUGCACAACAUGGCUCAGGUGGCACGUGACCAGGAUUCAUCACCAGAUUUGGUCCGCUGGUUGGAUCAUUAGCUUCCCUGGCUUGGGCCAGGUACUGACGGAGGUGUGAUGAGAAUGUUAAUCAAUGCCCUCCCACCCCCGAGUCCUUUACCCAGCUAGUCAUUAAUUGUCAGGAAAUAUCUGACUAGGAGAUCGAUAUUGCUAUUAGAAACUACGGAAAUAUAAGAGCAUAAAUGAAACUUAAGGACCGUAUUCUGCUUCCCUUACUGAUGUUAAAUAAUGCCUUACUGCAUGAGUGGACCCACAUAUGGAGUAAAUUGCUACUUUGUAUGAAUAAGGGAAUCAGAAUUUGAUCCUAUUGUAACUAUUUUAAAUGCCUUGCACUUCUCUACCAUCUUCCCCCAGGGGCAACAAAACGCUUAAAUUUUGAUAGCAUUAAGCCUCACAUCACUCUUGGAUUGUUAUAGCUCAUUUUACAGAUAGGGAAACCGAGGCACAGAGAAGUCACAUGACUUGACCAAGGUAAUCCAGUGAGCCCAGAGGAGUGCUGGGAACAGAACCCAGAUGUCCCAACUCUUAGUCCCCUUCUUUAGUUACCAAGUACUUCUUCUUCCAUCCCAGUUAAGAGUUGAACUGUUUACUGCCAUGAACACAGGUAUCCAUUUACAGUUCAAUUCCAGUAAGGUAUACAAGGGUUGUCGGAGUCAGCACCAGCCUGUCAGUUAAAGGCUGGUACAGGAAGCAGCAGGAAAACAAGGUUUCCUGGUCAGCAUUCCUUGAGAUUUUAUAAUCACUCCGGGGUUGACUUCUUUGCUCAGCGAUACAGCGGUGUCCGUGUGUUCGUUAUGUCUCUUUCCCAUGGCAUGUAUCUUGUCCUAGCUGCUGUCUCAGUGCUGUCACUUUAGAGGGUGUAUUUUUGUAACUCCCAGGAUGACAAAUGGAGCCGGGCCUGCCGCUCUGCCCUAUUCUGCCUAACUCGCAGAUGAAAGCAUGACCAAUAAACAACAAGCCUGGGUCUUACCUGCGUCACUGCCAUAACUGUUUGUAAAAAGAACCAGUUCUUUUUAAUUGUUUCAUACAAAUAUUUCUCCAUUAAACUUGUACAUAGCAAAAAAUGAUUAAUAAAUUAGUUUACUAUUUCUACUGUAUCAUUG